AUAGCCUUCAAACAUACGGUGUGAAAUUGCGGAAAUAUGACUGAUAUAGCACAAGAAAUGGAGAAUAUGUCAAUUAAAGAAGAAGACAAAUUAGGGACUGGCGAUGACGACUUCAUCGUGAAUCCAUGGGAAGUGGUUUCAACCUCUGCAACCGGGGUGGACUAUGACAAGUUGAUAAAAAGGUUUGGAAGCACCAAAAUAGAUGAUGCCUUGAUAGAGAGAAUGGAGAGGGUCACAGGAAAGCCUGUACACCAUCUCCUCAGGAGGGGGAAGUUCUUCUCUCAGAGGGAUAUGCACUCUAUCCUAGACAUGUAUGAACAAAAGAAGCCCUUCUAUCUAUAUACAGGAAGAGGGCCUUCCUCUGAUGCAAUGCAUAUGGGUCAUCUUAUUCCAUUUAUCUUCACCAAGUGGUUGCAAGACACAUUUGAUGUACCACUAGUUAUACAGCUGACAGAUGAUGAGAAAUACUUGUGGAAGGACCUUACUCUUGAACAGGCUAAUCAUAUGGCCAUUGAGAAUGCAAAGGAUAUUAUAGCCUGUGGAUUUGAUAUUGAGAAGACAUUCAUUUUCAGUGAUUUAGACUUUAUAUCGAAUAGUCCAGCUUUCUACAGAAACAUGUGCCGGGUACAGAAGCUGGUGACUUACAAUCAAGUGAAGGGAAUCUUUGGUUUUGGUGACAGUGACUGCAUUGGGAAGAUAAGUUUCCCCGCUAUCCAAGCUUCUCCGAGCUUCAGCUCCUCCUUUCCAGAGAUCUUUAAUGGCAGAUCUGACAUACCCUGUCUCAUCCCUUGUGCAAUAGAUCAGGACCCCUACUUCAGAAUGACUAGAGAUGUAGCUCCAAGAAUGAACUGCCUGAAGCCAGCUUUGAUCCACUCCACAUUCUUCCCAGCUUUACAGGGAGCACAGACCAAAAUGAGUGCAAGUGACCCCACCACAUCCAUUUUUGUGACAGACUCUGACAAGCAGAUCAAAGAUAAGAUUAACAAGUAUGCGUUUUCUGGAGGUGGAGCCACUGUUGAGGAACACAAGGAGAAGGGAGGUAACUGCGAUGUUGACGUGGCAUUUCAGUAUAUGACAUUCUUCAUGGAGAGUGAUGAAAGACUGGAGGAAAUUAAGAAGACUUACACAAGUGGAGAGCUGUUGACAGGCUUCCUUAAGAAGGAGUUGAUAGAAAUUCUACAGAAGUUGAUUGGAGAACAUCGACAGAGGAGGACCACGAUCACGGAUGAAGUGGUCAGGCAGUACAUGACACCCAGGAAGCUCAAAUUUGACUACCCCCCACCCACUCCCCCAUCAGAGAAAAAGAAGAAAAAGAAACAUAAGAAUACUAAAGCAGUUUGAUUGCAUCUGUGCUUUAGUGAAAUUUAAAUUACAAUUUUUUCAAUUCAUUUUUUUUUCAAAAGACAUUUAGAAUAUGUUGUACUCAUGAUUAUUUUACUCUUGGGUCUUCAGUUCAAGCCAAAAAUUCUGUAUUUAAUGUAUGUGUAUACAAUGCUUUUAAGUUUGUUUUUCUGUGACCAAGAACCAAUAAUUAUAACUUACAUGGCUUCACCUUUUAAAUUGAUUCACCAAGAAACAGAAACUGAGACUGUAAAACUUUUACUGGCAAGUACUAAGGAAAAAUUUUCUUAUUUGGAAAAGUAAAAGCAGGCAUUACUUAUGAUGCUGCCAUGCAUGUAGGUUUCAAAACCACUUUUCCAUAUAUAUUUCAUUCAAUUUUAAUCUAUUUACAUGUGCAUUAUAGAUAUACUAAAUAUGAAAGUAUCCCUAGGCGAAUACACAUGCCAAAAUGCUGUAAAUUUGGAAACAAAAACAUGAUUUACAGAAAUUGUAAGCAGUAACUGAAAGGCUCUACAAUGAAUGUGUAUAUAUAUGGUACAUGUUCUGAUAAUUGUAUUUAUGGAAUAAUUUAUUCAGAAAAUGGUAAACUUAAUGGAACAAAGGAAAUAAAAUGUUCUAUGAAUGUGAAA